UGGCGCUGCCAUUUUGGAGAAGCUUUCCCCACACAGGAGGGCUUCGCGAAGCUUCUUGUUGUUCGUGGCCAGAAACGGAAAGAAACCAGCAAAAAACCGACGCGUCGAGUGUGUAAAAACGACAAACCCGCUGGACGCGUAAUAAUGGGCCCGCCGCCGGGAGACAGACCGCGCCGCACGUCGACUGAAAGAACGGGGGGCUCCAGCUGGAGCGCCGAUUUAUCUUGACAUGGCAUGCGGCAGCAGUUAGGGCGACGACCGGCCGAGGAAACGCUCCACAACCGCCAAACUAUUUGAAAGACGCGAGACGCAACGGAGGCUUGUUUUAGUUGACCGAGUCAAAAUCACAAAGCCCUUCACGGAGUUGUUGACGACGCGACCUUAAAAAGACACAAAAUGUCGAGCUCACGCGCUAGCCGCCUGUUAGCAUUUUAGCAUCGCGCAACAGUGGCGAGGACUUGUAAACAAAGAUGACCGAGUCGUAACCGGGACGCUUUCCUUCUCCUCCUCCAAAAAAUAAAAAUAAAAAAUAAACAAAGUCUCUCGGGCCGCCGAGGAGCUACAAUGUAGCUUCGGUCGCUGCUAGCUCGGCUUAGCUCAAAAUAAACCAUGACCAGCACCAUCGGCACGACUACUAGCAGGAGCAAGUAGGCCGCGAGCCCAAAAAGCGCCGAGGAAAAUGUCAAACAGCCUUCGUCGUCGUCUUCCUCUUCCAUGUGUGCCAACGUCUCCCCGCCACGCUCGUCCGUCCGCCCGGUCCAGCACACUCAGUCAUGGAUGAGGGACUCUGAAAGCCGCCGCUGAAUAUUUUUAGCCUGCUAGCCCUCCAUUGCACCUAGCACCGCUAUGGGGCUCAACUGUAGGAAGUACUAAUAAUAAUAAUAAUAAUAAUAAUCUACCACCUUUUGGUUCUCUGGUUUUUAGUUACAAAUCCGAUUCAAGACCUGUUGACGGCAGGUUUGGCGUCUUAAAACGAUGGAUUUAUGAACAACCAACAAGGAGAUGUAGUGUUAUUGUAAAUGCCCUGCCCGCCACCUUGCAAAAAAAAAAAUACAAAAUUUGCGUAAAAAUGACUUGAUAUGAUGUUGUUCGGUUAGAAGACCCGUUUCAGUUUGUAGUUAAUAGAGUGGCUAGUUCACAGACUUGGUUAGCGCUCCGUCGUCUAUAAGCGCAAACCCCCCCCCCCUCCAAAAAACAAAAAAGUAUUAAGAGUGAGCGGGUCAAAAAGGAAAGUUGACACUAUCACAUCUGACCAUGGGGGAUCCGACCACACGACGAAACCAAACCAGAAAUCGUCUCCGCGCUCAACUGCGGAAGAAACGAGAAUCGUUGGCCGAUCAGUUCGAUUUCAAGAUUUACAUCGCCUUUGUUUUCAAGGACAAGAAAAAGAAGUCGGCGCUCUUUGAGGUGGCCGAAGUGGUGCCGGUGAUGACCAACAACUACGAGGAGGACAUCCUGCGAGGCGUGCGGGAUUCCCGCUACUCCCUGGAGAGUUCCAUAGAGCUCCUGCACAAGGACGUGGUGCAACUCCACGCCCCCCGAUACCAGUCCAUGCGAAGGGACGUGAUAGGCUGCACGCAGGAGAUGGAUUUCAUCCUUUGGCCACGCAACGACAUCGAGAAGAUCGUCUGUCUGCUCUUCUCCAGAUGGAAGGGAGCCGACAAUGAGCCCUUCAGGCCCGUUCAGGCCAAGUUUGAGUUCCAGCACGGCGACUACGAGAAGCAGUGCUUGCACGCGCUCGCUCGCAAGGACAAAGCUGGAAUGAUCAUGAACAACCCCGCGCAGUCCGUCUUCCUCUUCAUGGAUCGACACCACCUACAGACUGUUAAAAGCAAGGCGACGGUGUUGAAGCUGUGCAGCCUGUGCUUGCACCUCCCCCAGGACCAGCUGACCUGCUGGGGCGUGGGCGACGUCGAGGACCACCUCAGACCUUACAUGCCCGACUAGGCUUCUUCCCGAGGGGGGGGGGCCGGGCCACCUCAAUAUCCCCCCUCCUCCUCCGUCCCUCUCUAUCCUGCCUUCGGAAGCCAUUUUGAUGUUCUCAUUCUCUUCCCCCCCCCUUCUUCCUCCUCUUCCUUUUCUCCCCCCCCCCCCCCAUUCCCACUCGGUCAUCCAUUUUGUUUUCCGUCAACCUGCAUGAACAUUGAUUUGGAGCAAUCGGUCGCUGUGGCCGUCACGGCGGCAGGCAGGAACUCUUCUUUUAUGUUGGAAGAGAGAGAGAGAGAGAAAACACGGACAUGUCGUUUAAUCCUUGUUGUUACAGGAGAAGUUUUUUUUAUUGUUUGUUUCUUUGUCGUUUCCGGGAAAACCAACUUUCGGGUGUAGAACAAUUGUAAUAACACCACCAACGAUAUGACGUCAAAUCCUACGUGUCGUUAUCGCUUCUUAUUUGCUGGACUCGAGAGAUUUAACUUUUUUUUGGGGGGGGGGGGGGGGUGUAUUGUGCUUGAAUCACUACUGAUGUUUGAUUAGGGAUGCGGGCUAUUUAAUAAUGAGAAUAACAAUUUACCUAACAAAUGCAAACUAACAUUUUCUGUUUUGAUUGGCUCAAAUUUAAAAUUGCUUGUCAAAGAUUUAUUUUUAUUUUUUUUUUCAUGUUCAUGACUCGAAAGUGUGUCCAGUUGAAGGUUUGAGGCUUUUUUUGUUUUCAUUCUGUUGAUCAAUACUGCUGAGCAUAUAUCAAUACAAAUUUUGAACGCAA